AAAAGGCGUCUUCUUUUGAGCUUCAGAUGGUCAGAACUCAGAACAGUCCUCUUCUCUUGUCUGUUUAAUUUCACAAGAAGCAGCGGGACUAAUUCGGAUACGAGGGUGGGUCAAGGUUACUUGAGCCUUCUUAAUCUCAGAUACAAAUGGUAAACUUCAAAUUGAGGAGAAUUCUUGAUUGGAUUUUGGCUUAAAGCAACUAUGGCCGAAUUAAACCUGGGUAUACUUAUAGAUGUUGUGGAUGAAGAAUGGAUGAAAGACACUCUUCCAGAUGAUGAUCUUCCCCUGCCGCCAAUGCUGGUUAUAAGGACUGAUGACACCGAGGAUUCGAAUCAGGAGACCCGAAAAGUUGAGGGAGAUAGUUGGCAUGAUCUUGCAUUAGGGUCUCAAUAAAUUCUCUGGUAAAAGAAUGUGUUUAAGGUGGUUGUUUGUUCAAAGUAAUUGAACAGUUGCUGUAUGGAUAUGUAUGUUUUUUAAUAGGGUCAUGAAUGUCGACCUGAGGUUUUGGAGGCUAUGUUCCUUACCAGAAGUUGAUUGUGUAACACUAAUUCUGUAAAUUUAUGAGCUGGUGGUAACUGGUUUUGUA